GGGAGGUGGCCCGAAGACGCUGGCUGGUGACAGGGAGGGGGAGAAAGAAGCCCUGCGCACAGGUUGUCUCUCCAUCACUUCGCUUCCCGGGACCCCCGGAAAAAAACCAACACCCCAGCCCUGCGGCCGGCCCCUUCCCCAGGCUCUCUCCGCUCAUUUCGCCACCGUGAUGUGGGAAGCGAAUCCGCAGCCAAUUAACUUUAAGACAUGAAGGGAAAAUCCAGAAAAUAAUCAUAAAGCAUUCCUUGGAGAGUUUCCAAACAUGAAUAACAAAUAACCAGCCCCCUUCAUUGAGCUCAGGUGCUGUACUUGGUACUUUACUGUGUUAUCUCACUCAUUUCUGACAACAACCCAGUGAGGAAGGAGCCUUUCAUCUCCACUUUGUGAAGAGGAAACUGUGGCCCAGACAAGGAGAUGUUUCACAAAACAGAAGAAUUCUUAUCCAAAAGGACAGAGAGUGAGAUGGAUGAGAUGGACACCUCAGAUACGCAGUGGGGCUGGUUUUACUUGGCAGAAUGUGGAAAGUGGCACAUGUUUCAGCCGGAUACCAACAUUCAGUGUUCAGUUAGCAGUGAAGAUAUCGAAAAAAGCUUCAAAACAAACCCUUGUGGCUCCAUUUCUUUUACUACUUCCAAAUUCAGCUACAAGAUAGACUUUGCAGAAAUGAAGCAAAUGAAUCUCACCACUGGAAAACAGCGCUUGAUAAAAAGAGCCCCCUUUUCUAUCAGUGCUUUCAGUUAUAUCUGUGAAAACGAGGCUAUCCCCAUGCCAGCACACUGGGAGAAUGUGAAUACUGAAGUACCCUAUCAGCUUAUUCCUUUGCACAAUCAAACACAUGAAUAUAAUGAAGUUGCUAGUCUCUUUGGGAAAACAAUGGAUCGCAACAGAAUUAAAAGAAUUCAGAGAAUUCAAAACCUAGACUUGUGGGAGUUCUUUUGCAGGAAAAAGGCUCAACUCAAGAAAAAAAGAGGUGUGCCUCAGAUUAAUGAGCAAAUGCUAUUUCAUGGUACCAGCAGUGAAUUUGUGGAAGCAAUUUGCAUUCAUAACUUUGAUUGGAGAAUAAAUGGUAUACAUGGUGCUCUCUUUGGAAAAGGAACCUAUUUUGCUAGAGAUGCUGUUUACUCCAGUCGCUUCUGCAAAGAUGACAUAAGGCAUGGAAACACAUUCCAAAUUCAUGGUGUAAGCUUGCAACAGCGGCAUCUGUGUAGAACGUAUAAAUCUAUGUUUCUUGCUCGAGUGCUAAUUGGAGAUUACAUAAACGGAGACUCCAAAUACAUGCGACCUCCUUCCAAAGACGGCAGCUAUGUGAAUUUAUAUGACAGCUGUGUGGAUGACACCUGGAAUCCAAAGAUCUUUGUGGUGUUUGAUGCCAACCAAAUCUAUCCUGAGUACUUAAUAGACUUUCAUUGAUUUCACUUCCAAAUAUUCGUGGUCAAGGAAGUUUUAUUCUCUUUUGCAGGAAGAUUUGCUCUCCUGUCAUCUAGCCACUUAAUGUUAAUUAUCUGAUUCUUUUGAAACAGAUAUGAAAAAAGUGGCCUCCAUAUAAAAAGACAUACUGACUUUAAGGUUGGUUUUUUGUUGUUUUGUUUUUGUCCAUUACUCAUAGUCUUGUUUGUUAAAGGUUGAUACCAUUGCCAUUUUAACAUAUGGAGUGAAAGGUACCACUCAAAAUUGAAUCAGCUGAGUCUCAAUUAACAUGGUCAUUCAGAGUCUUUAAAGUUUACGUGUAUGUUAUCAGGAUAAAUGUUUUCAGUUCAAAUAGACUUGUUCAUAUAAAUCUUCAAAAAAUAAAAUGUAGACGUACA